AUCCGCACGCUCGCCGGCCACACCGACUCGGUGUGUUCCGUGGCAGUCAGCCCCGACGGGCAGUGGAUCGUGAGCGGCUCGUGCGACAAAACGGUCCGCGUGUGGCGCCUCUCCGACGGGUCUCCCGCCCGCACGCUCGCCGGGCAUACCAACCACGUGUUUUCCGUGGCGGUCAGCCCCGACGGGCAGUGGAUCGUGAGCGGCUCGUGCGACAAAACGGUCCGCGUGUGGCGCCUCUCCGACGGGUCUCCCGUCCGCACGCUCGCCGGGCAUACCAACCACGUGUUUUCCGUGGCGGUCAGCCCCGACGGGCAGUGGAUCGUGAGCGGCUCGCGCGACAAAACGGUCCGCGUGUGGCGCCUCUCCGACGGGUCUCCCGCCCGCACGCUCGCCGGGCAUACCUACCACGUGCAAUCCGUGGCGGUCAGCCCCGACGGGCAGUGGAUCGUGAGCGGCUCAUGGGACAAGACGGUCCGCGUUUGGCGCCUCUCCGACGGGUCUCCCGCCCGCACGCUCGCUGGGCAUACCAACAACGUGUUUUCCGUGGCGGUCAGCCCCGACGGGCAGUGGAUCGUGAGCGGCUCGUGCGACAAAACGGUCCGCGUGUGGCGCCUCUCCGACGGGUCUCCCGUCCGCACGCUCGCCGAGCAUACCUCCGACGUGUAUCCCGUGGCGGUCAGCCCCGACGGGCAGUGGAUCGUGAGCGGCUCGCGCGACAAGACGGUCCGCGUGUGGCGCCUC